AUGCUGCCCACGGUGAUUAAGAACCGCCCGUCGGCGGAAGCAGACUUUCAGCCCCUCAGCGAGUACCAGUCGCAGACGCCCGAGACCUUUUUCGACGGCAAGCCCGUGCUGUACUUUCACGACGAGCACAUCAAGGCCUGGUGCUCGCCCGAGCAGUCGAGUCGCCUGCACAUCUUCUCCAGCGGCGGCCAUGUGGAGGAGGGCAGUGACGCCGCGCCCAACAAGCCACCCACGCCGCCCGAGGCCCUCGCCCUCGAAAACGACGGCGGCAAGCACCUGAGCGAAGAAGACAAGGUCGAGGUCUUUGUGUCAUCACACAAGCUGAUUCUCUACUCGCACAACAACCAGACUGGUAUCGAGAUACCGUACCCGUCCAUUUCCCUCCACGCGACCAAGAACUUCAAGAGCCGCGAGAACCCCGACGACGAGACAAAGAAAUUCCUGGGCGUGUACAUGCAGCUCGAGUUCUCGGGCGACGGCGGCGACGACGACGAGUCCUUUGAUCCCCUGGAACUGACUCUCGUUCCUUACAAGGCCGUCGAUGCUGCCGCGACCGAGUCGAUAAUAGACCCGCUCAACGCCCAGCGCACCUCGGCUCUCUUUGCCCAGAUUUCGGCUUGUCAGAACCUGCACCCGGACCCAGCCGACGAGGACGAAGACGACGAGGGCGAUGGUGAGGACUACAUGGACAGAAUCGUGUUCGAGGGAGAAGCCCUCGAGGGCCUGCCUGGCGCGUUUCAGGGCGAUGCCAACGGUGGUCUACCGCCGCCAAUGCCCGGGAGCUCGGGCUGGAUCACGGCCGAAAACGUGGGGGACUACUUUGACGAGGAGGGCAACUGGAUCGGUGGCGGCGCCGAGGUGGCAGAGGGCGAGGGUGUCGUCAUCAGUGGUGAGCUUGGCGAAGGCGCCGGUCGUGUCCGUGGCCGAGACGAGGUUGAUGGUGGUGAUGCCGAUGGUGUCAAUGGGAACGAGGCCGAGGGCGAUGGCGAUGGCGAGUCCAAGCGCCCACGCACCGAGUAA